CCUGCCCCCUGUGUCUGGCACCCACUGGCCGUCGUCUGCAGCAGGAGGCGCGCACCGAGGAGGCUUACAGUCAUGUGGCGCUCCCCUCACGCCCUCAGAGCUGCCCUGCCCAAGCUGGUGCCCAGGAAUGGACUCAGGAAGACACAGUGGAGGCAUUCCUCGGUGAUGGUCUUCGCCGCGGAGAGGAGAAACAGGAUAAGAGGAGUAAGGGUAGAGGUGCCCAGGCCUCAAGUGUGGAGUCUUGUUACACCAUGGGUCAGGGGCCUUGCCUCAGAUGCCGACCUGCCACCCCACAUAAAGGUCAACCUCCCAGCCCUGUCCCCCACCAUGGAGAUGGGCACCAUUAUAUCCUGGGAAAAGAAGGAAGGGGAUGUUUUGAAUGAGGGCGACCUGCUGGCUGAGAUAGAGACCGACAAGGCCACUAUGGGAAUGGAGACUCCUGAAGAAGGAGUGCUGGCAAGGAUCCUAGUGCCUGCUGGGGAGAAGGACGUACCUCUAGGCAGGCUAUUGUGCAUCAUUGUGAGUGAUGAGAAGGAUGUCGCUGCUUUCAAGGACUACAAACCAUCGGAUGAACCCUCUGCUGCUGCCGUGCCUGCUGCUGCUCCACCACCUCCUCCACCACCAGCUGCUGCUCCGCCUCCACCGCCACCCCCACCAGUGACGGCUGCACCUCCUCCAUCAUCACCUCCUGCAGCUGGAAGUUUCGUUUUUGCUUCUCCUUACGCGAAAAGGCUGGCCAGUGAGCAGAAUGUUGAUCUAUCUAGUGUGGCACAGGUGUCGGGUGUAGGGCACGCUGCAACAGACUGGCUACGGGGUUCUGACAUCGAAAAGUUUGCAUCUCAAGCUGCUGCUGUUGGUUCUCCCCAGGUUGGGCCCGUGGUACCAGGUCAGACUCCCUACACAGAUGUGCCCGUCUCAAACAUUCGUGGCGUCAUAGCAAAGAGACUAUGCUUGUCUAAACAGACCAUCCCACACUACUACCUGAGUGUUGAUGUGUGCAUGGACGCCGUGGCACAGCUGCGGCAGGAAUUCAACCAGCUGCUUGAGGGGGAGGGUGUGCGCCUCUCCUUCAAUGACUUCAUUAUCAAGGCUUCCGCCCUGGCUUGUUGCAAAGUACCUGAGGCAAACUCGUCUUGGAUGGAUUCUGUUAUCAGGCACUAUGAGAAUGUGGAUGUGAGUGUUGCUGUGAGCACUGAGAAGGGACUCAUCACACCCAUAAUAUUCCGGGCUGAUCAGAAAGGCUUGGCGGCUAUCUCUGGUGACAUGAAGACUCUUGCGGCUCGAGCCAGGGAGGGAAAGCUGCAACCACAUGAAUUUCAGGGUGGCACCUUCUCUGUUUCCAACCUUGGCAUGAUGGGGGUCAAGAACUUCAGCGCCAUCAUCAAUCCCCCCCAGUCUUGCAUAUUGGCGGUGGGCGGCACGGAGCGACGACUUGUGGCCGAUCAAUCAGUGGAGCAAGGGUUCCGGGUGGCCCAGGUGAUGACGGUAACACUGAGCUGCGACCACCGGACCGUGGAUGGGGCGGUGGGCGCUCAGUGGCUGGCUGCCUUCAGAAGAUUCCUUGAGCAGCCGUGCACUAUGAUUCUGUAACAAAGAAAAUAACAAAAUUGACGCCACAUCGCUACACGGCAAAAACACCGAGCCUGUUGAUUUAACACUCAGUAUUCCGACAGACAUAACACUUGUAUAACAGUAGCUGAGAAAACAACUUUGUUAAAAUUUUAGAUUAUUUAUUGUUAAUAAUCAACACGACACCUUGUAUAUAAUGUAUUCUUGGUGUAUAUUUUUGUCUUUUGUGAAGCAUCUCGUUGGGCUGCAUUGCAUUAUACAAGAUGACACGUAUUUAUAAAACCU